UAGCUAGUAACCAUUAGUAUCCCACCCAUAACACUAUAUUAAGGACAUGAUAUUUAAUUGAUUUGAUUUACAGAGUUGGUGAUUUUCAGCUUUUGUAUCUCCUGUGCUGUGGAUGGAAUCAUGAUAAAGAUUUGGCGCUGACUUUGCUGGGUCUGUCAUGGGUGGAUACGGGCCUUGUAUCAAGACUUGUGGCGGAUUGUUUGCUCAAGCCCAUUAUUUGGGCUAGCUGGGAGUGAACCUUUAGUUUCAGCUUUUUUUUUUCUUUUGACCCAAAAGAAAAGUAUUUUAUACCUUGAAAUAGUACUAACUAGUUCCUUCAGGGUUCAGAGUAAAAAACGUCAAAAUUCAAACAAUCCGAGCGUGUUCCACGUCAGAUACUGCAACUUCGGCUCAAGUUCCGGGCAUGAACCCGCCUGGACCCAAAUCAGAUGAUCCCCUCCUUCAAAACGGCUCCUCUAUCGACCCUAACAAGCUCUCCACCGCCGAUGAAACCCUAAUCAGAACGAACGACAAAGGCAAUCAACAACCGGUGACUCCUGUUCGAGAGAAGAGAAGAUUAUCGGAAACGGCCGUUGAUACGAGUUGGUUGCCACCGGGAUGGAUUGUUGAAGAUCGGGUUCGGAGCUCUGGUGCGACAGCUGGCACCAGAGAUAAGUACUACUUUGAGCCUGUCUCAGGUCGCCGGUUCAGGUCUAAGAAAGAUGUGCAAUAUUAUUUGGAAACUGGAACUUUGAAGAAGAGGGGCAAAGUGACAGAGAACGUUGAUGCUGAUACUAAUUCUGCAGAGAAUUCCAAGAGUAGUAAAAACAAGUCUCGUGCAAACACAAAUUUUGCAUGGAACUUUGAUUCUUUUAAUGUUCCUGAUCGGACCGAAUGGUUUCUUACAGAAGCAAACGAAGAUACCUGGACUCCCUUCAUUGAUGGUAAAAAAGUUCCUCUAUAUGAUAAG